GCCUGGCUGUCAUUCAAGGUUCCAUAAUCUUGUGCCCUCCCUCAUGCCUUUGCUGCCUUAUCAUCCCUGCAGACCCCCCUCCAGCCAGCCAGGUGCCUUCGCUGACCUUAGAACAAGCCAUCCUCAUUCCCAGUGUAAGCUCCUGGCAUUCCUCCCCUCCCCUGCAUGCCUUCCUCCACCUUUUUGUUAUUCCCAUUUCUCCUGCCUGCUUUCAUGAUUCAGCUCCAGCCCCAGGAAGAUCUCCCCAAAUUCAGCCUCCAUUCAUAUCCUCUUUUCUUGAAUAGCACUCUGGGCUCAGGUUAUGACUGGGCAGUAACUGUGGCAUGCGCAUUUGUGUCCUCCCAGUGGGACAGGGAGGCCUUUUCCAUCCCCAGCACCCUGUCAUGAACAGAGCUGGCACUCACUUCAAAAAAAACAUUCCCUGUUUAUUGAGCACUGUUGCCUGCAAGGCACAUGAUUACACUUGUUUAAUAAAAUGUUUCCUCAACGUAACCUCCUUUCCUUCCUGCUAUAGGAGAGGGCUUUAGAAAUCAGGACAGUUCUGAAAAGACUCUGGGGGUUGGGAUGCAAAGAGAUUGGCUUCAGAGGCCUGCCUAAACCAUUUCACCUUCACAGGUCUCUCUCAGGCUCCCUGCCCCCUCAGUCACUGGGGUCACCAGCUGGGCUUCCUGUGCCUGCCCCCAUUGCCCUUGUCUCCCUGCCAAACAUUCCCCACGUCCCCACUCCUGGGCCAUUUGAUUCAGGGUGGGAAGCCACAUUUCCAGAUGGCGCUCUGCUCCCCUCAAGCCUGAAGUUAACACAGCACUUGUUUUUGCCUUUCAUCUCAUUCCCCACUUGUUCAUGUCAGCUAAUGAUUAUUCAGGAGACUUAUCUACCUGCUGUCCCUGUCCCAAAUCUGUAAGUGCUCUUCAGGGCAAAGGUCAUGUGAGUGAUGUCAUGGUCAUGUGACUGCCGCCUAUACCUCACCCCCUCUUGCUGCCCUGAUCCUAACAUUCUGAAGAGCUAAUUGUGUGCCCUGCCUCCAGCUCACCUGAACAAAGACCUGAGCAGAAAGAUUUUAUCCUGAUGGCUGACUCUAAACCACUCCUCUCCCUUGAUGGGGACCCUGUGGCUGCAGAAGCCUUGCUCCGGGAUGUGUUUGGUAUUAUUAUGGAUGAGGUCAUUCGGAAAGGGACCAGUGCCUCCGAGAAGGUCUGUGAGUGGAAGGAGCCGGAGGAGCUGAAGCAGCUGCUGGAUUUGGAGCUGCGGAGCCAGGGGGAGUCACAGGAGCAGAUUCUGGAGCGGUGCCGGGCUGUGAUCUGCUACAGCGUGAAGACCUGUCACCCUCACUUCUUCAACCAGCUCUUCUCAGGGCUGGAUCCCCAUGCUCUGGCCGGGCGCAUUGUCACCGAGAGCCUCAACACCAGCCAGUACACUUACGAAAUUGCCCCCGUGUUCGUACUCAUGGAAGAAGAGGUGCUGAAGAAACUCCGGGCCUUGGUGGGCUGGGGCUCUGGGGAUGGAGUCUUCUGCCCUGGUGGUUCCAUCUCCAACAUGUAUGCUGUGAACUUGGCCCGCUAUCAGCGCUACCCAGAUUGCAAGCAAAGAGGCCUCCGGGCACUGCCGCCUCUGGCCCUCUUCACAUCAAAGGAGAGUCAUUACUCUAUCAAGAAGGCAGCUGCUUUUCUGGGACUUGGCACCGACAGUGUCCGAGUAGUCAAGGCAGAUGAGAGAGGGAAAAUGAUCCCUGACGAUCUGGAGAGGCAGAUCCAUAUGGCUGAGGCAGAGGGCACCGUGCCAUUCAUGGUCAGUGCCACAUCUGGCACUACUGUGCUGGGUGCCUUUGACCCCCUGGAGGCAAUUGCUGACGUGUGCCAGCGUCAUGGACUGUGGCUGCAUGUGGAUGCUGCCUGGGGUGGGAGCGUCCUGCUGUCACAGACACAUAGACAUCUACUGGAUGGCAUCCAAAGGGCUGACUCUGUGGCCUGGAAUCCUCACAAGCUCCUCGCAGCAGGCCUGCAGUGCUCAGCACUUCUCCUCCAGGACACCUCGAACCUCCUCAAGCACUGCCAUGGAUCCCAGGCCAGCUACCUCUUCCAGCAAGACAAGUUCUAUGACGUGGCUCUGGACACAGGAGACAAGGUGGUGCAGUGUGGCCGCCGUGUGGACUGUCUGAAGCUGUGGCUCAUGUGGAAGGCACAGGGCGGGCAAGGGCUGGAGCGGCGUGUCGACCAGGCCUUUGCCCUUGCCCGGUACCUGGUGGAGGAAAUGAAGAAGCGGGAAGGAUUUGAAUUGGUCAUGGAGCCUGAGUUCCUCAACGUGUGUUUCUGGUUCGUGCCCCCCAGCCUGCGGGGGAAGCAGGAGAGUCCAGAUUACCGUGAAAGGCUGGCUGAGGUGGCCCCAGUACUCAAGGAGCGCAUGGUGAAGGAGGGCUCCAUGAUGAUUGGCUACCAGCCCCACGGGACCCGGGGCAACUUUUUCCGCAUGGUCGUGGCCAACCCUGCGCUGACCCAGGCUGAUAUGGACUUUCUCCUCAAUGAGCUGGAAAGGCUGGGCCAGGAUCUCUGACCCCCUCCUUCUGAAUGCUGACCUUGACACCCCACCUCACCCUCACUGUCUCUAUGUACCCUCCCUGUGAUGGCAAGAACAGCUCUUCUAGGAAACAAAGUGUUCUUAACAAUGUUUGUAUGCUUUGACCCACUAAUUCUCCUUUUAAAUAUUUGAUAAUUAGAAGAAUGUUUGAACUAUAGUAAAGCUAUAUGAUAGAAUGUUUUUCUGUCAUUAAAAUUAUAUUUACAAAGGAUUUUUAUUGAUAUGAGAAAAAAUCAGUAAGACUUCACAUAUAGUUAUAUCUGAGCUAUGUUCAAAAAUACAUAGGCAAAGACUGAUGAAAUGAAAUAUGCUGAAAUGUUAAUAGCUUUUCCCAGGAUGGGAUUAUAUUUAACAAUUUAAAAAUUAGCUUCUUUAUA